UAAGUGGUCACUGUUGUUACAGUGUGUACUUACUGGCAAAGCUCAGGAGGUUUACGCAGCGUUGUCUUCUGAAAGUAGCCUGGAUUACGAUCAGGUUAGGGCUAGUAUUUUGAAGGCAUAUGAGCUCGUGCCAGAGGCUUAUCGCCAGAAAUUUCGCAGGUGUAAGAAGCAGGACUCUCAGACAUAUGUGGAGUUUGCUCGUGAGAAGGAGACGUUAUUUGAUCGGUGGUGCGCAGGUGUGGGGGUUAAAACUCUGGAAGAUCUAAGGGCCUUAGUGCUUAUUGAGGAGUUUAAAAAUUGUGUGCCUGAAACGGUUGCCACGUAUCUGAAUGAGCAGAAGGCUGUGAAGUUGUCUGGUGCUGCGUCUCUUGCGGAUGAGUAUGUACUUACCCAUAAGUCCGUGUUUGGUGAGCGAUCUGCUGUGCAGGCUCGGUUUGGUGACAACACUCCUAAGGAAGGUUCAAAUGCAAUUGUGGUACCAACUAAGGCAAGUGGUUCUGAUGGUGCGGAGGGGAGGCCUACCAGGGAAGAAUGGGGAACUAGGGAAAGCCCUGUGUGUUUCUAUUGCAGGAAGCCAGGACACAUUGUUGCAAAUUGUUAUGCUCUGAAUAAGGAGAAGGGGCCUGUCAAAUCUGUGGCCUUGGUUAAAACAGCUAGUCCUGUGUGCCAGUUGGCUUCACUGCCAAAUGAAUCUGAGCUUGGCGUGUAUGCUCCAUUUCUUAUGGAAGGUUUUGUGUCCUUGACUGAGAAGGGGGAUAGGGUCCCCGUAACGAUUUUGAGGGAUACAGCAGCGUCACAGUCCUUCAUGCUGAGUCAUGUGCUGCCAUUGUCUAAGGAGUCAGCUGGGGAUUCUGGUGUCCUUGUGCGUGGUUUUGGGAUGCAAUACUUGGAGGCGCCUUUACAUACUAUUUACCUCAAGUCAGACUUGGUUACGGGCUUUGUGACUGUGGGGGUUCGCCCGUGUUUCCCAAUUGAGGGAGUGUCCUUCAUUUUGGGGAAUGAUUUGGCUGGGGGUAAGGUGCUGGUAAAGCCGGGAGGUGGGGAUCCUGGAAAAGAAGGAAAGGAGCCAGUGGCCUAUGGUCACGCAGGAGAAAACACUGACGCCAACCCGUUUGCCGAGUACAUGUGGAUGGAGAACGAGGAGGAGUAUAACAGACAGGUGGAGGAGCUGCUGGAGCGGGAGUUCUUGGAGCGCUGCUUCCAGGAAAUGCUGGAGGAGGAGGACCAGGACUGGUUCAUCCCUUCACGUGAUCUCAACAACCAGGGGGUGGGGCAGUUCCAGCAGCAGCUCAACGGCCUGUCGGCCAACGAUCACCACAGCAACCUGGAGGAGGUGGCGAGGAAGAGCAUCUUGAAUCCUGAAGCAAAGGAGUUCAUCCCGGCAGGGAUAAUGUUGUGGCCAAUGUGUUGUUGCGCAUGUGGAUUUAUAUUGUAGUGAUUUGUUUUUUUUUUUUCCUGUGUAUGUGAACAAAAAAAAAAAAAACGAUAAUCACUAAUUUAGGGUGGGGGUGUUAUGCACUCCCUUCCCCCCUUUUUUCUUGUCUCCCUUCAGGUGCUCUGCAUCAGGUGAUUAUCUGGCUCCGCCUGUAUUUAAGAGGGACAGGAGGAGCCAGCGCUCUCUCUCAGACCAGGCAGCCUCACCUUGGUGCCAGGGUUGCUCCUGUGUUUCUUUUGUUUGUGUUGCUUUGAGGAUGGAGGUCUGUCAGUUUGGUUUUCUUUCCUCGGUUUUUGUUUUGAGGUUAGGUUCCUGCUCUUGUUAGGUCAAGGAGGGAAGUUCUGGGUCCGACGGCCCAUUGCGUGGUUGGCUCAGGUUUCCCUCAUGGUCUUUUCCUUUAUUGUUUUGUUUGGUCAGGCCUCCAGACUCGUUUUGUUAAGUU